AUCUUUGUCUCCCUUUUUAAGCUCGCCGUCCCCGUGCCCUCCUUUGCCGAAUCAAGAGAAAACCUCUCUCGAGUGUCGUAACUGCCUCUCCUUCCUGCAUCCUCCUCUCGUCCAGCUUCCUGAGCUUCUGCAGGUUAUCGGCCAUGGAAGGCCUCAUCCCCUUCAUCUACAGGGCCGUCGUGCAGUACAGGAAGGAAGGGCAGGUCUCCGUCGGCGACCUCUUGUUCGACGAGCCGUCGCCGACGUCCUACUUCCGCCUCCCGGGGGACUCCGGCCGGUACCAGGUGACGGCGGCGAGCGAUCUCUUCUCCCGGACGGCUGCUGACUCCGGUUCCACCGGCGCUAUACGGCGGUCUCCGGCGAGGUGCCCGAUGCAGCGCCGCCGCGCCCUGGACCGUGAAUCGUGAUGUCCCCUGGACUGGGAACCAAGAAAAGAAAAGCAAGCGAAGGCCUGCCCGUAGCAAGCAGUGAAGGUAGUAGCGAGUGCAGAUGUGCGGUGUGUGUAUGCAGAUGAUGCUGAGCAACUGUGAAUAUUAGCCUAAGCUGCCGUGUAAGUGUACAUAAUCUUCCUCUGUUUUAGCUUGUUAUUGUGAGCUGCUAUGUAGUAGUGCAUGGGUGCAGGGUCCUCCCAAGGAGGCUUAGCAGCAUCCUGCGCUGGAUUGGGAAUUGUGUAUUAUCAUCCGUUGGAAUAAAAUGCCACAUGAAUGAUGGAACGCGUGAACUUUGGUUCAAAAGUUCGUGCGUUCCAAACUGGUGGUAUGCGUACAUUAACA